UCUUCCAGAUUUCCUCUGCGAUUUUUCGCAGGUACUCUGUCCAAAUCUCUCAGCUCGACUCGGCCUUCUUCGGCAGCGCCAGCGCGAAGAUGACGGCCAACAUCACCGUCUGCGCGCGGUUCCGGCCUUUGAGCUCGAAAGAGAGGCGCGAUCACGGCGAUUCCGUCUGCAUCGAGCGGAUCGACGACGAAACCUUCAAUCUCAAGGAUGAAAAGGAAGGAGAGAUGAAGUUCAGCUUCGACAAGGUGUUCUACGACGACUCGAAGCAAGAUGAUGUCUAUUCGUUCCUGGCUCGUCCUAUCGUUCGAGAUGUGGUGAAUGCAAUAAAUGGGACGAUCAUUACCUAUGGACAGACUGGAGCUGGAAAGACAUAUAGUAUGGAGGGACCAAGCAUCCUUGAAUGUGAUGACGCCAAGAAAGGUCUCCUUGCAAGAGUGGUUGCUGGAAUUUUCAGAGAAAUCAGUUCUGCUGAUUCGAUCAAGUAUACAAUCAAAUUGUCCAUGGUAGAGAUCUACAUGGAGAAAGUAAGGGACCUUUUAGAUCUUUCAAAGGAUAACAUACAAAUUAAAAAGACCAAAUCGCAAGGACUAUCCUUACCUGAAGUUACAGAGAUAUCUCUAUCAGACAUUGCUGAAGCGUUACAAAGUUUAUCCAGUGGAAUAUGCAACAGAGCAGUUGGAGAGACCCAAAUGAACGUGGGCAGCAGCAGAAGCCAUUGUAUUUACAUAUUCUCGGUGCACCAAGAAUCAACCAUACAGAAGAGAACAUUUGGAAAGCUAAUUCUUGUGGACCUGGCUGGCUCUGAGAAAGUUGAGAAAACGGGAGCAGAGGGCAGGGUUCUUGAAGAAGCUAAAACCAUCAAUAAGUCCCUGUCAGCACUUGGAAACGUAGUACAUGCCCUGACAUGUGGUCCAAACGGAAAAGGAAACCAUAUUCCAUAUCGCAACUCCAAACUUACUCGAAUAUUGCAAGAUUCUCUUGGAGGGAACUCUCAAAUGGCAUUACUAUGUUGCUGUUCACCCAGUCCUUCAAAUGCUUCAGAAACUCUGUCGACCCUCAGGUUUGGUGCCAGGGCAAAGCACAUAAAAGCAUCACCACGUGUCCACAGUACCAAAGAUAAACAUGCUAAGACACUGAGGACAUCCUUCCCAUCCAAAGAUGAAUCAUGUGACAAAGUUGCAGAUAAGUCAAGGGAAAGCAUGGAUGCUGAAGAUGUCAAGUUGCUUCAGGAUUUGUUCACAUCGGAGGGAAGAGUACACGAUCCUAAUUUUCUUACAGACUUGGAACUUGAUUGUGGGGAGGCUGCUGCAGCAACUAAUAUUCCAUUGCAACGAGCUGAAGAGGAGCUUGCUUCUGCUGUUGAGCUGCUUAAAGAGCAGAACAAAGUCCUGGAGGCGAUGCUGGCAAUUGCGACGAGGAUGCUUUCAUCUCAGCGCGAGGCAAAUGAUGAUCUCAGCUUUGGGCACUUGGUAUUUGAGUCUCUAAAACCCUCCAUCGCUUGCGUUGCAUGCCUACCCCUGGUCAAGCUGUUGACAGACAGCUAUGCCUUUCUACCGUGCUGCUGCUGCUGCUGCUGCUUUACAAAAGGAUCAGGGGAAUAAAGGAAUAAUGUUAGAACUACAUUAAAACCUCAAUUUUGAAAUGGUUCCCUAUUAAUUUUCUCCACUACUUGUUUUGAUGCAAUUGUAUGAAGGGUUUUGUUUGCAUAAUAAUCUUUGAGUUAGAAUAACAGUUUGUUGUGAUCCAC